GGUGCAGUGCGCUGUUCUGUACGCAGUACGCUGUAAACAACAACGUAAGAAACACCGUGAUGGUUUGCAAUGAAUUGGAGGGAGCUGCCUAAUUUACGCAGUACGUUAUCAGCGGGGAUUAUAUUUAGGCAGUAUUAAAUCCUUUUUCAUUACGCUUUCAUUACUCUUAGUUUGUGGUUGUGGUGGGUGAUACAACCCAAUCCAGUGCAUGUGCCAGCGUUUAUUACGCAACGCACGAUAGGUGUAAGUCAAUUAUUAUUCCUCUUUUGCCUUAUACUUCAACUGCUCGCUUAUAAACAAAUCAUUGGAAGCGUUACAUGCGAUGGAAAACCAAGGCGCCAAAGUAUAUUCGGAGCGCACGGACUCCAUAAGAAUAAUCAACACACAACCGCAUCCACUCUUCGGCGAUACACCACAGUGUCACUUCCAGAUAGGAGAGAUCCAGUUAGUUAGAAAUCCGGACAAGGUCACUGGACAAAAAGUAGAAAUCUGGCGAUUCCAGCUGUGGAAUGAAAAUGAAAAAGCCGAACGAGAAUUGUAUACCAAAGCUUUCAGCAAGUUGUUGAACCUGCUGAAAACAACCUAUCCAGAAUAUCGAAAAAUUGGACGACUGCGAGCUGACAGUGCGAACGUGGUUCGCUUCCUUGGAUGGCAGUUUACGCCAUCCAUCAAUUUAAUUUCGAGACCGGAGUUUCAGGUGAUUGCCGAAUGGUGCACAGGCGGGAAUUUCAAGGAUGCCGCCAAGCAUUUUUUACCGAUCCAUAUGAUUCGGAAGUGGUUGUACGAAAUGCUAUGUGGCUUGGAUUUUUUACACAGAAAUCGCAUCAUUCACCACAACCUGCACAGCCGCAUAAUCUACUUCACGGAAGCGAACUUUAAGGGAACCGUGAAGAUUGGCGGCUUUAACCAUAGACGACGGCUGGAAGUUCCAGAUGGUCUUGCGGCCAGGCAUGACCCCAGUUGUGUCUCCACCGAGGACGGUCGCUUCGUUGCUCCUGAAUUGGUUGAUGCGUCCGACGAUUACGAUAUCGGGCGACGAAGCGAUAUCUGGAGCGCUGGUUGCGUCGCACUGCAUCUGUUAACCGGGCAACCGCCACUGUACGUUGGAGCCAGAAAUCGACCCAUAAAGCUGGAAAUGGCUGUUGUGUAUUACUUGAACAGCAGCGAAAGAAACCUUGAUGAAAGACGGCCCUUCAUCCCGGAAUCCCUGCCAAAAAGCACCACGAACUUCGUCCUCCGAUGUUUAAAAUUUGAUCCGAAAGAGAGACCUCUGGCAUCCGAACUGCUUGGUAGGAACGGAGAGCUUUUCUUUUUUCAUGCCAAGCCGGAUAAUCCUCGGCGCUAUCAAAGCCAGGGAAUGCGACGCUUACCGCAAGAUACGUUAGAUUACUGGGCAAAAAACAUUAAAGUGUCGAUUCCUCGUCAAGGCGCUUCCUCCGGAAGCUUCUUAAAAUGUUGUGUGAGGUAACCCUAAUUUCGAGUUGGCAUAAUUAUGUUAUUUUUAAGAACCGAAGUUAUGUGCAUGACAAGAAAACUCGGCGUGAAAGUUUUCGAAGUUUUCAUUUUAUACGAUAACAGCAGUUUUAAAGACUGUGCUUUGGCGCCUACCGCCGUGUUUGACGUUCUACAUGUAUACGUACUCGGCAUAAAAAGUUCUUUCAGUGUGCAUGUCUAUCCCUUAAAAAGCUGUUAUUUAUACUAGAAUACUGCUCCAUUCGUUACAUGUUGUACUUAAUGUGGAUUUGUA